AUGGAGAACAAAAUCAAGAUUCAGGCUCUCUUAAUCGGUGCAGGACCAGCCGGUUUAGCUACAUCAGCCUGUCUAAACCGGUUGAGCAUACCGAAUAUAGUUUUGGAAAGAGAAGAAUGCAGUGCCUCUCUGUGGAAAAGAAAGUCUUACGAUUGUCUCAAGCUCCACCUCGCAAAGCAAUACUGUCAACUCCCUCACAUGCCGUUCCCUCCAAACACUCCUACCUUCGUCUCCAAGGCAGGUUUCAUCAGUUACCUUGAAGAGUACGCCACACGUUUCAACGUAAACCCUAGGUACAACCGUAACGUCAAGUCAGCUUACUUCAAAGAUGGUAGAUGGAUCGUGGAGGUGGAGAACGGAACAGAGAUAAGAGAAGUGUACUCGGCGAAGUACUUGGUCGUGGCUACGGGAGAGAACAGCGAAGGCGUGAUCCCGGAGAUUCCAGGGCUUGUGGAGAGCUUCGAAGGUGAGUAUUUGCACUCGAGCGAGUACAAGAACGGAGAGAAGUUCGCCGGAAAACAUGUUUUAGUCGUCGGAAGUGGGAAUUCCGGGAUGGAGAUAGCUUAUGAUGUCUCUAAGUGGAACGCUAAGGUCUCUCUCGUGGUUCAUAGCCCUGUACACGUGCUGACGAGAGAGAUUGUACAGAUCGGUAUGUGGCUGCUCAGGUUUUUCCCGGUAAAGUUAGUUGACCGUUGGUGUCUGUUCCUAGCAAAGCUCAAGUUUGGUAAUACUUCGAGAUAUGGGCUUAUAAGGCCCACUAAAGGCCCAUUUAUGAACAAGAUUAUCACCGGCCGGUCACCUACCAUAGACGUUGGAUGCGUCGGAGAGAUUAAAGCCGGCAAGGUUAUGGUUGUGCAGGCGAUUAAGCGUGUAGAAGGGAAGAGAGUGGUGUUCGUUGAUGGAAACAUCAAGACCGUGGAUACUAUUGUCUUUGCAACAGGUUAUAAAAGCAGCGUUUCAAAAUGGCUUCAAGUUGAUGAUGGAGAUUUGUUCAACGAGAAUGGGAUGCCGAAACGCGAGUUCCCGGAACACUGGAAGGGGAGUAACGGCUUGUACAGUGUUGGAUUUGCGAGACAAGGCUUGGCUGGUAUUGCAAGAGAUGCUCAGAACAUCGCUAGUGACAUUGCUUCUCUGGUUUUUCAGAGAAGCAUGAGCAAGCUCUUCAACUAA